GGACGGGGACAGGGAGGCAGAGAGAAAAAAGAAGAAAGUUUCAGGGAUUUCAAGAGUUGCACAGCUCUACAGCUUUUCCUGAAAGUGCCUGAUUAAUAUAUAUUUUUGUGGUGCCGAACACAUGGUUACUAUCCCGGACUUUUUAAAUCGGUGAUCCAAGUGUUUGUUAAAUUGGGGUUUCAGCAAAGUCAUCUUAGUCUUUAGAGAUUUGGGAAGUUGUGUCAGAUAACGGACAUUAUUAACUAGGUGAAACACUUCCUGGUCCAAAGAAAACUACAAGAAAUCUGUUUUAUAGUAAAGAAAAGCAGCAAGAAAUCAGUCAAAAACACACUAAUUAUAUCCCCUGUAUAUUGUGGUAGUUAAAGGCCUACAGUGUUCAUAUCCAAGAUGGCAGUUAUCUAGGAAGAUAGCUAAACCAGAAAUAAGCUCAAAAUUUAUUUUUGCCUGGGAAGGUCUGGCGAGCACCAUCCAAAAGACCAGAGAAAGAACAAGAAGAUUGAUCUCAGUUACAGGAAAUAUAUCAUCUGAUUCAGCAGGACAGUUGUCAUGGCAAUGAACAAAGACAGGCUUUGUCCUACAGCAAGCCAGAUGGGACACAUGAAUGGAUUUCCUCCCGCAAUGUACUCAUUUGCCUUUGCCCGGACCUCAUCAUCAUCAUUUGAUGUUUUGACCAAUGGGAACUACUUCCGUGGUUUCCCUGCUGACUUACCAAAAGAGAUGGCAUCAUUAUCCAUGGAAACACAGAGUACAAGUUCAGAAGAGAUGGUUCCCAGUUCUCCGUCCCCACCACCCCCUCCUCGUGUGUAUAAGCCCUGCUUUGUGUGUAAUGACAAGUCAUCUGGGUAUCACUAUGGAGUCAGUUCCUGUGAAGGAUGCAAGGGAUUUUUCCGUCGCAGCAUUCAGAAAAACAUGGUUUACACUUGCCACCGGGAUAAAAAUUGCCAGAUAAACAAAGUAACACGUAAUCGAUGCCAGUACUGUCGGUUACAGAAGUGUUUUGAGGUUGGCAUGUCAAAAGAAGCUGUAAGAAAUGAUAGAAAUAAGAAAAAAAAAGAAGUGAAGGAGGAACCAGUGACAGAAAGCUACGAGAUGACACCAGAGAUGGAGGAACUGAUACAGAAAGUUAGUAAAGCACAUCAAGAAACAUUCCCAUCACUUUGCCAGCUAGGCAAAUACACAACGAAUUCCAGCGCAGAUCACCGAAUACAGCUUGAUCUUGGUCUGUGGGACAAAUUCAGUGAACUGUCUACAAAAUGCAUCAUCAAAAUUGUGGAAUUUGCGAAGCGUCUUCCAGGGUUCACAACUUUAACAAUUGCAGAUCAAAUCACACUCCUCAAAUCUGCCUGCCUAGACAUUUUGAUGCUUCGAAUCUGCACUCGAUACACCCCAGAGCAAGACACUAUGACAUUCUCUGAUGGCUUGACUCUGAACCGAACUCAGAUGCACAAUGCUGGAUUUGGUCCCCUCACAGACCUUGUUUUUGCCUUUGCUAGUCAACUUCUCCCACUCGAAAUGGAUGACACAGAAACCGGAAUACUCAGUGCCAUCUGUCUCAUCUGUGCGGAUCGGAUGGACCUGGAAGAGCCGGAGAAAGUGGAUAAGCUGCAGGAGCCAUUGUUGGAAGCACUGAAAGUCUAUGCACGCAGGCGUCGACCAAAUAAGCCACACAUGUUUCCACGCAUGCUAAUGAAGAUCACUGAUCUUCGAGGAAUUAGUACCAAAGGAGCUGAGCGUGCAUUAACCCUAAAGAUGGAAAUUCCGGGCCCUAUGCCUCCGCUAAUCCGAGAAAUGUUGGAAAAUCCAGAGAACUUUGAAGAUGAACCCGUUCCCGCCAAACCAGCUGAACAGCCCAAAGUAGAAGGAGAAGAAAAGUCGUGCAGCCCUACAACAGAGCACUAGUUUCUACAAACAAACUCUAGACCCCAAACAACACAAACUGAAGAAACCGUCAGAGCUCCCCAGUCAGUACACUUAAGAAGAAACUGUGCAACUCUUGUCUCUACAUUUGGAGGUAGAGCUACAGCAAAGAAGCAUGUGAGACUCUACAAAUGCAAAGAGGCAGUUAAUGUCAGACAAAGAUUUGGGUUUCGGAAAAGUGUACCUCUUGCCUUAAUACUAAGAGGAUUCCUCAGAUGGACAUCUGCCCUCUGUAGUCUGCAGGAGGUCAGACUUGGGCACAGACUAAGUAUAGGAUGUUAAAAGCCAAAAAGAAAAAAAAAUACCCAGAGGACUUCUUUACUUGUUUACUCGAUUUGUCUCUCAACACAUAUAUAUUAUAUGUAUAUAGAUAUAUAUAUAUAUUUUUAGCAGUGCAAUGCUUUGGAAGCCCUGGGUACUGGAGAAGAGUUACAAAUUUAUGAUCAGCAUGUUACAAUGUUACAUUAUUUUUCUUUAUUAUAACUAACUGAGCUUGCCAACUCGCACAGGAUGGGGUUUUUACGUCUCCUUGGUGUUUAAUGGAGAUGGAGCAGAACAGGGUGAUUUUUAAAAAAAAAAAUAUUUUUAAAAGGCAUGUUUCAAAGGUUCUUUUUUCAUACUCAUCAGAAGCUAAAGAAAACCAUGGACCGUGUCAAACUGGAUUUUGGGAAACUAUGGUGAGAGUCUAAAUGGACAUUUAUGUUAUGUCAGGCAUGUAAUACUACCAGCACUUGGAGCCAUGUGAUAGUUUGGUCAAAUGGCUACAAUGGGGUUAGAUGAAGGCCAAGUAACCACCACAUUCAGCUUUGCAGAGAAGUUGAUAAAUCCAUUCUUCUGGCAUUAGGGCAAGGUCACUUACUUCUAACCUAAUAAUUUGGCUAUCACUCAUUUGCAAGUAGCAGUUAUAUUAAUUUCCGACGUAGAUGUGUGAUAUUUUUUCAGAUUGAUCUUUAGUCAGAAGCAAUGGAUUUAUUUUUGAGCCUUCACUAACAGAGCAUCCCACCCAUUUCAUGGUUUUAUGAUAUUGUAGGUCCUUGCUUGCAGUACAUAAAGAUACAGGAAUCUUUCUGAACCAGUCAGUGACCCUAAGUAAAAAAAGAAAACCGAAUUAAAAUCAAAUUUGCACUUCAUAAUGCAGAGUUAGCUAUUUUUGUCACUGCUAGUACAUUUCUCUUCUAUGGCCUUUGUCUUUCUCUUGUGAGCUUAGUCAAGUUUGGCUAAAUUUAGAAAAGAUUCCUGUAACUUGUGUACUGCAUUUCUUGGUGUUGUUGCGGUCUUACAAUUAUUUUUACAGUUUGAGAACCCAUUUAGUGAGAUGUCUUUGCACAAAUACACAAAGUCUGAAAAUUAUAGAACCAGCAUCCUAUGUAAUUCUCUUUCCCCAUUUCUCUAGAAGGUUCUAUGAAGUGAUACUCAAAGAUAUUUCUUUAUCAAAACUGUAGAGCCUACAGAUAAAGGUCAACUUAAAAAUGCAAUAUAUGUCAUCAAGAGUCCACCAUGUAGGAGUCUUUGCUUACCUGAAUUUCCUAAACUUCAUGCAAUCCAUGUCUAGAGAUAAUUAGAAUUUUGUUGUAGAAAGUCUUGUUUAAUAGUCUAAUUAUUCAAAUUGUGCAGAGACUGAUUAAUAGAGAGAAGGUGUCCAUAAACUUUUUUUUUUUUUUUUAACUUAAAUAUGGACUCAUCAAAAGAGUUUACUGUUCAGGUCCCAGCAGCACAAGUAUGUUAAUUGGUUAGGUCAGGACAACAAAUGGGAUUCAAACCCAUAUUUUCCACUUCACAGCACAGUACUUAAGCCAUUAAGCCAGACAGUAAUAAACUCUUCUUAUUGAAAGGUAAUGUUAUCAACUGUGUUUAACUGGCAACACUAUUUACCUGGUAUACUUUAGAAUAUGAAACGCUGCACCGGGGGAACUGCAUUAGUCCUUCUGAAAUAUCUGUUUAAGUGUUCUUGGCUGUACUAUUUCAAAUGGAUACUAUGGUCUAACCACACUUGUGACACUACCAUGGAAAAUAAGUAAUGUGUAUUGUAAUCUGAUGCUUUUGAAUUCCUGGGGAUGAUUCCUUAGAACUUCUAGGCAUGUGAUGUAAAGAGCAACAGCCACUGGAUCAAAAGCAUGCUUACAUACAGGAAUAAAUUAGGUUCACACUUCAGUACAAUUGACCCUGUGCAAAGUACAGCUGUCUUAGCUACAAAUACGGCUUACUUGCAGUAUCCAAAAUUCAUUUAAAGACCUUUGUAAAUAUAAUGCCUGGCUUAACCAACAUAUAUUUUCCCCCGUUGGAGUGUUGUCAUGGCUAUUGCAAGGAGAUCCUUGAGUGAAUCUUGAAUUGAAGCCAGUGUACAGUAGAUACACCCAAGAGUUCUGCAGUGGAAGGAUGCUUCUGUAGUAAGAAAGCCAAUGUGUUGUAAUGGCAUGAUGGGUUUUGAUACGACUGUGUUUACUCAAUUGCUUUGUGAUGUUGGUCACAACACUUUACACCAAUGUCUUGUCAAUCUUAUUGGCCACAGCACUUAAUACCAAUGUCUUAUCAAUCUGCAAAACUGAGAAAAAUUAGAGCUUCAAUUACAGCAGCAAACACAGGCUAGGAUGCAUACAUAAUACUAGAAUACCCCUUCCAGGGUGGUCAUUUCACUCCACUUUAAGCCUCUCUUGUGGACCCUACUUUCUGACAGCCUCAUGGUAGCAUCAAAUUUCCAAAAUACUCGUUCCCACUUCUGUGGUCUUCCUUUGAUUUCCAAGAGCGGUUUAACCUGGCUGCUAAUCUUGAAUGAAAACUUCAUUGUGAAUAAGCUUACAGCUGUUUGCUGUAGUCACAGCGAGUAUUACUUAGGGUCAAGUCUGGGUUUUGUCAAGGGUUAGUGGUCAUGAAGUAGCUGCCACUGACCAGGUUAACCCCAAUAUCUUUUUCUUUAUUUUUAGGAGUAAGUCAUUCAGUAGCUCAUUGGACAUUUCAGUGUGCUCACUUUAUUCCACUUUUAAGAGUUUUCUAUCCUGAUUUUAUAGAAAUUGUAUAAUGUGCUGGGCAACUCAUGAAAUAGCUGCAUAUUCUCCCAUCCUUUAAAGUGUACUGGUCAUGUUGUAAAGCAAGUUUAAGUAACACUUCUUUGGAGUUGGAUAUAAUCUCCUUACAAUAUGCAAUGACAAACUAUACAAUUUUUGAAGCAACAAUUUUUUUUUUUACUUUUUAUUUUGUUGGUAGGGAUGGCCCCCUAAAAAUUCUUCCCAGAGCUGAGUAUUCCUUCCAUCUCAUCAUGAACGACUGAACCAUCAGUGCCUUCACUACCUACUUUCUUCCUUCCCAGUAAAUGAGGUUCUCAUGUAGUUCUUGCAGAUAGAUCACCUCAGGUUAAAAAUAAACACAUGCCUGGCUAGACUUAGAAAGGGCAGCACAUAAAUUUGUGGGAUACAUUUGGGAUGUUUGGCUAGGCUUAUAAAGGCUCAACUGGUCAUCUAUGAGGAUGUAGUAGUAAAUCCACCAAGGAAAGAAGAUACAGCUCCUCUAAAGAGGUAAACUAACUUCAAAUACCCAUAAUGCUUUGUAUUUGUCUGCAGAUUUUUUGCUCAGUACCUGCCACAAUCUCAUAGUGAGGGUGUGGCCAUACCUCUCAACUGUACAGAUUUUCACAGAAUGUCCAAAUUUUUGCCUCAUAAUUUUGGUGUGUUCCUCCUAAAAUCUGUACCUUUCUGGCAAAUAGCUGAGGAUUGAAG